AUGAAGAAACAAAACGUCCGAACUCUAUCACUAAUCGUUUGUACGUUCACUUACCUUUUAAUCGGAGCGGCAGUUUUUGAUGCCUUAGAGUCAGAAUACGAGAACGAACACCGACGGAAAUAUCAUCUGCAGGAGCAGACGUUUAAAUCAAAUUACAACAUAACCACUGAAGACUAUGAGCGCCUGCGCAGAAACAUCCUUAAGGUGAUGCCGUAUAAGUCCGGGCGACAGUGGAAGUUCGCCGGCGCGUUCUACUUCUCUCUAACCGUCGUCACCACCAUAGGCUAUGGCCACAGUACCCCACAGACAACAGGAGGAAAAAUCUUUUGCAUGUGCUAUGCCAUCGCGGGUAUCCCGCUGUGUAUUGUGAUGUUUCAAAGCGUUGGAGAGAGGCUGAAUACUUUCGUAACCGUCCUUCUAAAACAAAUAAAAAAAUGUUUCAAACUGAAAAACUCCGAGGUAUCCCAAUCCAACCUAAUCCUUGUAGCUAUGAAUCUGUCCAUCAUCGUUUUGACAGCCGGGGCCGGGGUGUUCUCGCACUUCGAGGGCUGGAAGUAUAUAGAUGCUUUUUACUACUGUUUCAUAACGCUGACUACGAUAGGGUUCGGGGAUUUCGUUGCUCUACAGAAUCACGGUGCGCUAGAGACGAACCCCCAGUAUGUCGCCUUUAGUUUGUUCUAUAUUUUAUUCGGAUUAACAGUGAUUUCAGCUGCAAUGAAUCUACUUGUAUUACGAUUUUUAACGAUGAAUACCGAAGAUGAACGAAGAGACGAGUUAGAGGCUGCUGCGGCUGCCCAAACGGCUGUAAAACUUGAUGGUGACGUCAUUACUUCCAACGGAAACGUGGUGUCACGUGCUCAGGAAAUUCCGGAAUUUAAUGAUCACGUGUCAGUUUGUUCUUGUUCGUGUUAUAAUAUACGAUCAAAAGAUAAACACAGGUAUAAGGUCACGAGGUCGCCAGGUAAAAUAUCACAUCUGCUGCAAAUGCAAAGUGUGAGUUCAGGGCAGGACGACGCCAUUAGCAACGCUGAGGACUCCAAUUCCAUUGUACAAUUUAACUAUAUCAACUGGAAACGAGCGUCAGUAUAG